CCGUGUUGAAUUUGACAGGGUCACGAGUUUUAGAUUAAGGUGACGCAGUAUGCAUUGGAGUUGUUUUGCAAAAGCCAGUCUUGCUGUUAGGUGAUCUUUAGUAAGAGUAUUUUUUAAUCGUUAAACCAUGGAAGGAUCGAACUCAGCUUUAGAGAGUGAAAGUUUGAAACAUCAGCGUACAAGGAACGAUUACGGCAGCACGUCGGCCGUACUGCAGGGUUCAGUGAACGGAAGAGCGAAUUUUGCCACACAAGGAUCGCCGGACCUUGUGUCUAACAGCAGCGGCUAUGAGGAGUUUUUCCGUGGUAGUGUACCGUGCCCUUCCUGCCGAGGGCUUGGUCGGAUCAGGAAAGAAGAUGAACGUGGGCUGGUAGCAAUCAUUCCCAUGAAGGAUGAGCGUUUAAAGCCACGGCGCACGUACCUGUAUGUGCUCAUCGCUGUCAUCGUAUCAAUACUUGUGGCUGGGCUAAUCCUCUUCUUCAUGUUCCCGCGGAGCGUGGUUGCCCUUAGCAAGCAGCCAUACCUGGAGCCUAACUACCUGCACAUCAAUGUUACAAUGGGUAUUGUCAACUUUACAGUAACUAAUCGUUAUAACUUCAGUAAUUCCAAUUAUUUUCCUGUAACAAUAACUGGAAUCCAGUCAUCGGUAAUGUAUGACAUGAAAGUUUUAACUACGGGGAAAAACAACACACAGCUGAGGAUACCGAUGAGAAGCACUAAAGAACAGACCGUGAAUUUAGACAUCCUGCUCCAGGGAGAUGAGGCAUAUUUGGCGACUUACUGUGCAGAUCACAGAAAAUGGGUGCAUGAUCUGUUUAUGCAGUUUGAACUGACAGCCAACUACAGUUACCUCGGACGGACUGAACAGACUACUCUAACAACUUAUCAACACGUCAGCUGUGGCAACAGCACAUCAGUGUGACCCCGCAAGUAAACUUACAUCAUCACGAAGACAAAUCAAAUCCUCUUCCAUACAUGACACACCUCUCUGUCAAGACAACGCUGUUGUUGAGAAUUGUUUCUCAUGUGCAGCAGAACCAUU